UCAUGUCGACAGCCUCCUCUGGUGAACAAGCCUUGCAGCCAGAUGUCUCUGAUUCUCCCAGCCAUGCAAAUAAGAAGAGAAGUAGCAGAGCCUGUGACCAGUGCCGAAGGACAAAGAGCAAAUGCAGAAAACCGGUAGAUCCGAGCAAGCCUUGUUCAAACUGUGUCAUUGCGGGACUAACCUGUACUUUCCAGGGUCCUAGUUACAAACGAGGUCCACCUAAAGGAUAUAUCAGUGCAAUUGAGCAGCGCCUCCACCAAGUCGAAGCAGUACUUGGUGCUAUCAUCAACGCCAAUGAUCCGAGGUCUCAAGAGGUAAUAUCUGCUCUGAAGACAGAUGACAUUGCCAAAGAAAUCAUUGAUAGAGUCGACCAUGGCCCAUAUGGCUCUGUGGCCCGUACAGGCUCGCCAGCCCCUGCAGAUUUCUCAGCGACUAUACGGCAACUCAACGAGUCGCGGGAUAGCCGUGCUGCCAGAGAAUCCAGGGUGAAUAGGGAGAGCUUGUCAACGUCUCACCACGACAUUCCCGCCCCUACACCUGAAUGGCUCAGGAGACUCGAUGAUAUCUUAGAGGGCCGUGGCCAGAGUCGUUACCCUGGUUCAUCGUCAGCUGCGUCAUCAUUUGGAAGCGGACCAUCGGAAACGAUUGUCCAUUCAACGUCCGUGGUCCACAUACCAGAGAAAGAGGAGGAUCGACUGGAGAAAGUAGAAGAUGAGGAGGCGAUUGGGAGUCUGUCUGUCAAUGAGAAUGACGAAAUAAGAUAUCAUAACGAGUCAAGCGGUAUGUCGCUUCUCGACAAACUCGCGGAUAACUCUAGCGGACGCAAUUCUGGUGGCAUCUGGAGACUUCCUAUGGCGCGCAUCUGGCCGUACGCCCCAAUGCAUUUAGCGGGAAUAGGCCUUCCCCUUGAAAACAUACCGAUCCACUGGCCGUCUCGCGAGCAUGCGGACCUUUUAAUCCAGCUCUACUUUACAUAUGUUCACCCAGAUUUACCCGUCCUCCACAAGCCAACCUUUAUGGCCUUGUAUCAGUCUCAGUUUGAUAAUGAUGCAGAUAAUCCUCCGACACACGCAUCAAGCCAUAUGCAAACGAGGCUGGCGCAAUUGAUUUUACUGUCAAUAUUCACGCUUUCGAGCAGAUUUAACGAAAAGGAGAUGCCUUUACCGGAGGCUGGUCGUAUGUGGGAAGCCGGUUGUAAUUAUUUAGCGUCGGCUCGAGGUGUCUUGUAUACCGUUCUGCACACGGCAUCACUACUUAGUUGUCAGGCGUUGGUCAUCUUGGCCUAUCGCGAACUGGGGCUGGGUUCCUUUGAGCACAGCUCAUCUUUCAUGAGCAUGGCCAUUCAUAUGGCUCAAGAACUCGGAUUGCAUAGGUCGGCUGAACGAUGGCAGCGAUUCGGUGUUGACAUAUUUUCUUCUGAUCAAAAGCAAGAGAGGAAACACGUUUGGUGGAGCUGUGCUAUUGCUGAAAAGUAUUUGUCAUGCGCCUUAGGGAAGCCGGCUGUUAUUCGCUCAAGCGAUUAUGAUACGGAACUACCUGAUGAUCGCAACAUGGACCCUCAGUCUCCAUUUAGAGAGGAAGUCGAGGUCUGGCAGCCCCACAGGGCUGUUAUUCAGUCCUCGCCUCAACCGCCCGUCCUCUGUCAUACGUUAUCUACUUUCAGAGCCGCGGCUUCUCUUUCUGUCAUAACCGGAAGAAUAAUUGACAAAAUCUACGCUAUUCGUCAGAAGCCCUGGCCCAAGAAACACAGGCUCCUGAUUGAGCUCGACAAACAACUAAACGAUUGGUUGUCCGGCUUGCCCGCUCACCUGCACUAUGAUCUUACAACAAGACGACCUGUACCACCGCAAACGCUUUUCCUUCACAUACAGCAUUCCGUUGCAGUGAUUCUCCUACACCGCAGAUUCAUUCCUCGUGUCAAUCAUCAAGAAAGUGCGGCAUCAGCCCACGGGAUAGACACUUCAAAGGAAUUUGCACAGUGUCAGGCGGCAGCGGAAAAAAUCACCGCUUUAGCAUGGAUAAUCCGAGAGGUAUUCUCCCUAAAAGCGGUGUCGGCUUAUCUACCGUCGUAUUUAAUGUCUGCUGGGAUCGUGCAUCUUGCAGCUCUUGCCAUGAAUCGUGGAGAUAGAGUGCGGUCCGUUUCCGCUCUUCGCAACACACUCGUUUGUCUGCGCGACAUGGAGCGUGUAUGGCCGAGCUCGGCUCGCAACUAUGAAUUGCUUGGAAGUGCCUUAUCAAAAUUUGAAGCAGACUUACAAUCGAACAUGAACGAUCCUGACCAAUUCGGGCUAGGCAGUCAUUUUCAAGGCUAUACAGCAGCGGAGAACGCUCGAGUUAUGGCACAAUUGCUUGGAUUAGAGAUACCAGGUGUCAAUCCAACAGUCCAUCAGCCGCCAUGGGCAAGUGGAUCUGUUCCGAAUUCUUCCUCGAGCUCUCAAACCGGAUUUUCGCCUGCAUCAGCUGAUUAUACACGACCUGGUACAGUACCGCCUUCCAACGCCCCCGCUCCCGGUCAGUGGAUGCAAGAGUUUCCUGACUCGUCUAUUCCUUUCCAAGGAUAUGACUUCCAAAGUUUCACGAACUCCGAUAUGUAUUAUUAGUUGCACGCACGAGACGAAUGCGACGGAUUUGCAUCGUAUUGAUGUACGGAACGACAGUGAUUUGAUUGUAAUAAUUUAUUCAUCUGUUUCGUACUGUAUCUGUAAUAUGUACUGGACAUCGUGUAUGCGUAUGUAUGCUCGUUUUCAUGUAUGUGUAACGUCAUGUUGUCCACCCACAGUUACUGUAAU